GGCGACAAGUUGAAGAUGGACGGCGGGUUGCCGGUCGUCGGCGAUUUUUGUUGGCGGUCUCCAGUAUCAAUCUUUUCUCUACAUCACCACCUCCCAAAUCAACUCAUCAUAAUCACAAUCACCCAAUUCCUCAACCUCAACAACAACAACCGCAUCUUCAAUAACCACUUGAUUUUCCAACACAGAAACAAAAUGGAAUUAGCCCAAUUGGUGUUGGUCGAAUUGGAGAUACACACUCCAAUUGAAUUCAAAUGCAAACUGUUUGUAACUUGCAUUAAGAAGAAGAAAUACACACUCCAAAUGAAUUCUUAUGACAACCAUUUUGUUUACCGUCAAGUGGAAGAGGAAGAAGAAAUACUCCAGUUUACUGUAAAAAGUACAAGCUUUUUUGUUUUUGGGAUAACAUUCCUUUUUGUUUUUGGGAUAACAUGCCUUUUUGUUUUUCAUCCAUUAGAUUAAUCUAGUGGUCAAGAUUUGGAGAAGGAGAGAGAAGGAGAGGGUUGGGGAAGGAGAGAAUCCAGAUCCACAAAUUUAUUAUCACACAUACAAAAAUAAAAAAGAAUUACCUCAAUUUAUUUAUUUAUUUAUUUAUUACAAAGAGAAUGAUUAGAGAAUAAAGAAAACAACACACACAGACACAGUCAGAGGAGAAAGAGAGAGAACAUUGAAUGUCUUGUUUUCCUUCUUCCUUAACCUCGUAGCCUUUUCCUCUGUCAUAAUCAUAGUUAGUCACCAUUAACUCAUUAUUACUAUAAUUAUUCAUAAAGUCUUCAUUUUUUUUUGGCUUUCUUCUUCAUUAUUACACACAAUUGCAGUUUCAUAAUUUUCCUACUUUUUUUCUUCCAACCCAUUUCCAUUUUUUCACCAAGUUUCAAUCUUUUCUACUUUUCAACAACACCCACAUGUCUAUUUUCUCAAUCACAAUGCUUCAUUGAUUUGCAGCUAAAGCUUCCAAAAUUCUGAAUUUUCUCAUCUGUUACUGUGCAAAUUACAAAGGGAUAUUAUUUUACAAAAGUUAGAAUCGGCGGCGAAAUUCUAAUGGAGUGAUAGAUGGGAGCUGAAAUUGAUGACAUGAGAGUCUUUUGGUAGACUGUAUGGGAGGCUUAUUACACUUUUUUGAAUUCAAUCAAGGGAGGAUGGCUAAGAAAGUCCAUGCUCACAAGAGACAUCAUGUUGAUUCUGAAACUCCUAGAAAUAGUCUAGAUCUGCAAGAAGAAACAUCUCAGAAGUACGGUCCACAAGGAGAAUUACCGCACUAUUAUCAAGUAGAAGAAGACUGGUCGGAAAAUAAUCAAUAUUCAAACGCGGGUUCUAUGAAAAAGCUGAUUAAUGAAGAGCUAUCGACACGAUCAAGCACCAGGCAAAAUGCACCAAGCAUUGUGGCAAGGUUGAUGGGGAUAGAUAUGAUGCCGGUAGACACUAAAUAUGUUGCUCCAUCAGAUAAAAAAAUAAGUGAAAAUAUUGGGAAGAAGUUUUCAAACAAGGGAACAAAUGAAAGAAGUUCAGUUAGUUUGGAAUGUUCCAACUUUAAUUCUUCUAGCCAUGUUGAAUUUGAUUCAUUUCACAAAGUCGUAGAGGAUGACAAUGACGAUGGAUGGGGGCGGAGUUUAGGAAAACCAAAGCGACGAGAACAUCCGCAGGAAGAAGAACUGCAGAAAUUCAAAAAAGAGUUUGAAGCAUAUCAAGCAACAAGGUUUCAGGAAUGUUCAAAGUUCGCUGAAAUUGGAAGUGUUUCUAACCGAUUGAUUUUUCAAGAGAAUCUAAACAAGGAAAAGGUUGCAGUUGCACAUAAUACAAGUAUGCAAAGGAAAGUUUUUCCUUCAAAGAGCAGAACUCUAAGUAGAGACUUUGAAGAUUCCUUAAUGUUGAAAUCUUAUAACAGAUUAGACACAUCUUCUCCAACCCGAAUAGUUAUCCUGAAGCCUGGUCCUGAUAGCAUAUUUAAUCAUGAAGAGAAUUGGACCGAUUCAUCACGAACUUUACAAGGGAGACAUAGUAUAGAAGAUUUUCUCGAGGAGGUGAAAGAGCGUUUGAAGUGUGAACUCCAAGGAAAAACUGUCGGAAAAGGUUUUGCGGUCCGAGGAAGUGAAAUUGAGACACUACACAAUAAAAAACCAUCUGAUCCUAAACUUAUCGCUCGUCAAAUAGUAAAGCAAGUCAAAGAAAAUGUGAGUAGAGAUUCCGAAUCAAAUUCGGUCGGCUCAGAAUCAACAAGAUCAUACAAAGGUACAGUGCAGUUCAAUGGACCAAGUUUCCCUGAAUUUAUCGGUAGAGAUUCAAGGAGUUACUUGUCAGAGAAGCUAACAAAUGUUGUAAAAAGUGAAAGACAUGAUGAUUCUAAGGCGAACUCGAGAUCAAAUGCAUUUGAAAAUGACAGAGUUAGACUCAAGAAGACAGAAGAUAUUUUGAAAAGUGUGAAUGAUUGGGAAAUAUCGAAAGAAGAAACAGAAAUACAAACAGGAUCUUUCAGGCAUGAACAAGACAACAACAUAUUUUUCCACAGGGAGUUAUGGUCUCCGAGGAACCUUAUAAGAUCCUUGUCUGCUCCUGUAUCAAGAUCAGGAACAUCAUUUGGAAAGCUUCUUCUAGAGGACCGACACAUUUUAACCGGUGCUCAUAUUCGGAGGAAGCUUGAAGCUGUUGAAACUAUGUCUGUUGAGGUUAAAAAACAGAAAAAAGAGAGGUUUAAUAAUAUUAAAGAAAAGGUCUCCAAUUUUAGAUACAGUUUUGCUCUAAGAGGGAGGAUUUUUGGAAAGAGGAAUCAAUCAAUGGUAGAAUCACUUGGCAAUGAAUACCGUCCAACAAUGAGAGAUAUCACGAGUGGUCCGACAGUUCUUAUGAACUGCGGCAGCGAGAGACAUGACAACUACACCGAGGUACCUCCUAGUCCUGCAUCUGUAUGCAGCAGUGUUCAUGAAGACUUUUGGAGGCGAACCGAAUAUAUAAGUCCAAUAUCAACUCCUGAUUUGUCGUCAAGAGAUGAUACUGUUAUGCCACAAGUUUUCAGAGACAUCAGCUCUGGUUUAAAUGAACUAAGAAGACAACUGAAUCAACUUGAUUCUGAUGAUGUUGAGGACUUCACUAUGAAACAAGAACCUUCUGAAUCUGAAUUGGUGCAAUUAAAUGAUCCAGCAGAAUCUUACAUAAGAGAUUUACUUGUUGCUUCUGGUUUAUACUUUGGUUCUUGGGAUAAACCUUUGUUAAGAGGCGACACAUACGCAAAGCCUAUUGGAAAUUCUGUUUUUGAAGAAGUGGAAGAAUCUCAUAAGAAAUUGAUCAAGGAGAAUGAUGAAAAUUUUAUCAAGGAUCAUAAGCUAGAACACAAGAUUUUACUUGAUUUGUUAAAUGAGUCACUUUCAGUUGUUCUUGGACCAUCUUUGACAGUGUCUAGAUUCAGGAAAAAAUCACGCAACUCUUCAAUGUUAGCGCCGCCUCAAGGAAAGGAACUAUUGAAGUUAGUAUGGGACAAUAUCCGCGUUUCGUUGUAUCCUUCAUCUGAUAUAUCUCAUUAUUCACUUGAUACUUUGGUGUCUCAACACUUGAGUUCAAUCCCUUGGUCCGGAAUAAUCAACGAUGAGAUCAAUAUAUUGGAAAGAGAGAUAGAAUGCCGUAUAACUAAUGAUCUUGUUGAAGAACUCGCAAAGGAUUUGCUCUGAUAAGUAGCGACGAGAAGUAACAUUUUACAUAAUAAAACAGUUCAACACAUUGGAGCAUGGAUUAUACAUUGAUUACUACAGAAACUGCAUUAUAGAAGCCUAAUUGAUGUAGUUUUUGUUGAUGGAUCAGUAUUGCAUGAAUGUGUAUAUAUAAAGCAUUGUGUGUGAGUGUUUUAGAUAUAGGGGGCAUUGAGUUGUGGUAAUACAUAGUGUACAUGAGUGAAGUGUAUUAGGUUAUUUAUUCAAAGCAACAAACUUAUUGAUGUUUAUAGUUAAGUUUUUUUCUAACUUAUGCAAACUAGUUUUAGUAA